AUGGAUUCCAGAUUUGUAAGAGCAAUAAUCAGACAUCUCUUGACUGUAAUCUUUCUGGGAAUUUGUAUGAUGUGGAUUAUGGCACCAACAAACACUUACAAGCAAAAAUGGAAGCCUGCCAUCUCCGAAAAGGUUGUUUCCACAUAUUUUGGAAAACAAGCUCCUAAUAUGCUGGUUUGGACUUUCCCUGUCCUAUUCGUUGCUGCUUUGGGAUCUUUGUAUCUUCACUUGGGAAAGAAAAACUCCGACCAAAACGUGCACCGUGAUGAAAGAAAACGGUGGCUGGCGCUAUGGAGGAGGCCCGUUUUAGUGAAAGGUCCUUUAGGGAUCGUUUCAGGGAUAGAAUUAUCCUUCUUCCUCAUGUUUAUCGCACUGCUGGCUUGGACACUGGGGACUUAUUUACACAGGCUGCCUACCCUCACUGCAAAAGUGGCGGCGGCAGAUGGGAUCAAAGUGUGGCAAUUGAAGUUAGUGGAGUCUGCCCUGUGGAUAGGGCUUACCGGGAAUGUAUGUUUAGCGUUUCUGUUCUACCCCGUGGCUCGGGGAUCGUCGGUGCUGCCGGUGUUGGGUCUAACGUCGGAGGGGAGCAUCAAGUACCAUAUAUGGCUGGGACACUUGACCAUGCUUCUUUUCACUGCGCACGGCGUUUGCUUCAUUGUUUUCUGGGCAGCUAUUGGGAAGAUAUCCGAGAUGCUAAAGUGGAGUUAUUCCGAUAUUUCAAAUGUGGCCGGAGAGAUAUCAUUGAUUGGUGGCCUAGGCUUGUGGGCAGCAACCUUGCCUCAAAUCAGGCGAAAAUUUUUCGAGCUUUUCUUUUACACCCAUCAUCUCUACAUCAUCUUCGUCUUCUUCUUCGUCCUCCAUGUUGGAAUUGGUUACACUUUCAUCAUGCUUCCUGGGUUUUACCUCUUCAUCAUCGACCGUUACCUCCGAUUCUUACAAUCUCGAUGCUCCGUUCGCUUACUUUCAGCUCGAGUUUUGCCCUGUAACGUUCUGGAGCUUAAUUUCGCAAAAUCCCACGGUUUGACCUAUAAUCCGACGAGUAUCAUGUUCGUGAAUGUGCCCGGGAUUUCUAAGCUGCAAUGGCAUCCGUUUACAGUUAGUUCAAAUAGUAAUAUGGAGCCUGAUAGGCUCAGUGUGAUCAUUAAGAGUGAAGGAAGUUGGUCGACUAAUCUGUAUCGGAUGCUUUCGUCUUCAAUUGAACGUCUCAAUGUUUCCAUUGAAGGACCUUAUGGACCUGCAUCAAACCAUUUCCUAAGGCAUGACACGGUUGUGAUGGUGAGUGGAGGCAGUGGGAUUACUCCUUUUAUAUCCAUAAUCCGAGAGCUGAUUUUCAUGAGCAAAUUAUCUCAAUGCAAGACACCAGAUAUAAUCUUAAUUGCUAUAUUCAAGAGCUCUUUGGAUCUCACCAUGCUAGACCUCUUGCUACCUAUGACCGGUUCACCAUCCGAGCUUUCUAACCUGAAGCUCCGGAUUGAAGCUUACGUGACAAAGGAGAAAGAACCCGUAAUCGAUAACUCGAAACGAGUUCGGUCCAUAUGGUUCAAGCCCCUUCCAACAGAUAAGCCUAUAGCUGCCAUUUUAGGACCCAACAGCUGGCUCUGGCUUGGUGCCAUAAUAUCGUCUUCGUUCAUCAUGUUUCUUAUCUUAAUUGGGAUCAUCACACGGUUUUACAUUUACCCAAAGGCUCACGAUAAGAACGAAUUCUCGACCUCGAAACAAGCUGUGUUGAAUAUAUUGGCAAUAUGUGUUUCCAUAGCUGCAACGGCGAGUGCAGCGGUUUUUUGGAACAAGAGAAGGUAUGCUAGGGAAGCAAUGCAGGUGCAGAACAUGGAAGGACAAACACCAGAAGGAUCACCAAGCAUUAUGGCUUAUAAUGGUGAGAGAGAAUUGGAAAGCCUCCCUCACCAGUCUCUUGCAGAAGCUACCAAAAUUCACUAUGGAGGGAGACCCGACUUGAAGAGAUUGAUAUUUGAAUGUAAAGGUGAGAGUAUUGGAGUUCUUGCUAGCGGUCCAACGAAAUUGAGGCACGACGUCGCAGCAAUCUGUUCGUCCGGUCUGGUGGAUAAUCUUCAUUUCGAAUCAAUCAGUUUCAGCUGGUGAUUACUCUUCAGAAACUAGGAAGUGAUCCCUGGCUGUUGUAGUUUUUUUUUCUUCUAAAAUUGUGUGUUUCUUUCUAGUACAUGAAUGGUCAAUCAUGUUUGAUGUUUUCUAGCUACAUAAGAGUAUGAGAUCGUACAUUAAGUUGUUAAAUAAAA